AUGAGCCGCGCUCCUUUCGGCGGCCAAAAUCAUUCCGCUCAGAACCUUUUGCCCACCGCUGGUCGACCCAACGUCAACGCGCCGCGUUCUAACCCUCCCCCUGUAAUUAACCAGUUUAGUCGACAAGCUAAACGGAAUUCCAGCUCCACUACCCAUAGCAGUCCGUCAGAAAGUAAUCAUGGUCGAUUCUCUACGGGUCAUCCGUUCUCACUCUCGCCUGCUCCAUCACAAUGGGGAACUCCACUUCUCAUGAAUGCUUCCGAGCCCGACGACUAUCUUCACAACCCCGACCCACGGAGAGAUAGGAAGAACGACUCAGGCGGCUCAAUAUUCACUGCUCGUGGACUAGCAAACCUAGGGUGCCUCACCCUUCUUGCAGUUGGGUGCUACCCGAUUAUUACCCACUAUACGGAGAAGAAGCAGACAACUCAGGGGGGGUUCAACUUAGGGGGCACAAAUGCUUCAGGACAGGUUCCCGAGCUGCCAGGAAAUUAUGGUCUAAUUGACAAGGACACUCCCAAAGAGGCCUAUACUUGGCCUUCCUACAUCGAUGGCGAGGACUUGGUUUUAGUCUUCUCUGACGAAUUCAACAGAGAUGGUCGCACAUUUUAUCCUGGAGAGGAUCCGUUUUGGGAAGCGGUGGACCUACACUACUGGGGCACAAAAAAUUUAGAGUGGUAUGACCCAUCUCAGGCAACUACGAAGGGAGGAAAUUUGGAAUUACGAAUGGAUUUGACCCCUGACCGUUCAGUCAACCAUAACAUGUUGUAUAAAUCUGGCAUGAUCCAAACCUGGAAUAAAUUUUGUUUCACUGGAGGGCUACUUAUCACAAACGUCCAACUUCCUGGAUCAAGUGAUGUUAGUGGUUUCUGGCCAGCUGUUUGGUCUAUGGGAAAUUUAGGACGGGCAGGUUAUGGUGCCAGUUUGGAAGGACUUUGGCCUUACAGUUACGACGAAUGCGACGUUGGAACUCUUCCCAACCAGACGUAUCCCGGCGAAAGGAGGCCACUUGCUGCAGUCACUAACGGUGAUCCUGAAGUUGGCGGAGAGUUGUCAUAUCUUCCAGGGCAACGGCUGUCUGCUUGCACGUGCCCAGGAGAGUCCCAUCCAGGGCCUAUGCGAAAAGAUGGGUCUUACGUUGGUCGCGCCGCCCCGGAAAUCGAUGUCAUCGAAGCGACCGUUACUGAGGGCAUUGGACAUGUUUCAUUAUCAGCACAAUGGGCACCCUUCAACGCCAGAUACCAGUUCCUCAAUCAGAACACGAGCGCCAGUUUCGACGACCCAAGAAGGACAGUCCUCAACUCUUACCAAGGAGGUCGAUAUCAACAGACAACUAGUGGAUUGUCAUUGACCAAUCCCAAUUGCUACGAAAUUCCUGGUACAUGCUUCGCUCUAUACGGCUUUGAAUAUAAGCCUGGGUUUGACGACGCGUACAUCACCUGGAUCAACGAGGUUCGCGCUUGGACAAUUCGCUCAGAAGCACUCUUGCCCGAUACCGAGGUGGAGAUUGGCCGUCGACUCGUCCCUGUUGAGCCUAUGUACCUUAUUGCCAAUCUCGGUAUUUCUGAAGGAUUCGGUGAAAUCGACGUCGGCUUGCAGCUACCUGCCAUCAUGAAAGUUGAUUAUAUUAGGGUGUACCAGCGUAAAGACGAAAUCAACGUCGGCUGCGAUCCCAAAGACUUCCCUACAGCCAAAUAUAUCGAAACUUACAAAGAGGCAUACACAAACCCAAACCUCACUGUUUGGGCAGAUUAUAAACAACCUUGGCCAAAGAACAGGAUGGAUCCCGGAGGGUGUACAUAG